AACCACUCCUGAGGAGAAGAGGCGCUCCAGGAGACCCUCAGAGAAGGGUCCAGUGAGGAUGAAACGGCUAUCAGGCGACAGGUUGAGCUGAUGUUCAGAGCGCUAGAGGAGAACCAACAGAGUUUGCUUGAGGAGAAGGAGGAGAGAGCGGCGGAGCUGGAGAGACUCCAGGAGGCGCUAGAGAGGAGUGAGCAGGAGCAGGUGACGCUGAGACACAAACUCACCGACAUGGAGAAAGAGCUGCAGACGUCACUCGACCAACUCCUCCAGGCCAGACGGGCGCGUGAUCAGUGUCGCUCUGACAUGAGAGAUCUGCAGCAGCAGCUGUCGGACAUCCACGAUGAGCUAGACAGCGCCAAGAGCUGCGAGGCCGGAGAGAGAGACGGGCUGCUGCAGGAGCUGUGUGUGCUGCGGGGCGAGUUCCAGGCGCUGCAGCUGCUGCAGGAGGAGCAGGAGGAGGUUUUACGGCGCAGGGAGAGGGAGCUGACGGCCCUGAGAGGAGCUCUGGAGGAAGAGAUCUCAGCUCACGCCUCAGACCUGCACACACUGCAGGAGGAGCAGCAACAGGAGGUUCAGCAGCUGAGGGAGGCCACGGGUCAGGCCAAAGAGAGUGUGGCGCUGUUGGGUCGGAGGGUUCUGGAGGUGGCAGAGGAGAAAGAAGCGAAUCAGACGCUGAUCUCAGACCUGACGCACGCUAAAGCAAAGCUCCUGCAGAAGACCAGCGCUCUGGAGGAGCAGAUCUCCUCACUCAACCUCCUCAUCCAGCAGAAGGAGGCGCAGGAGACGCAGCUCAGAGAACACGCGGAGCAGCUGAUGGUGGAGAAACAGCAUCUGGAGGAGGAGCUGCAGGAGGUCAGACAGCAGGAGGAGCAGAUGUGUGGAGCCAACCGAGUGCUGACCAGACAUCUGGAGGACACACAGAGUGAGCUGAGCAGGGUGACUCGAGCUCAUCGAGAGCUGAAGGAGAGGAGGAGCCAAGAGCAGCUGCAGGAGGAGCGCUGUGUGCUGGAGGAGAAACUCUCUCGCUGUGAGUUUGAUCUGAAUGAAGCGGAGCUGAAAACUCAACAGCUGCAGAAGAGAAUUCAAGAGCUGGAGGAGAACCGACACACACAUGACGACAGACACCACAAACUCAUGGAGGUGCGAGUGUGUGAGCUGGAGAGGAGUGUGAUGGAGGAGCGCAGCGGUUCAGACUCGCUCAUGAAGAGGCUGGAGCGAGGACGAGAGCAGAUGGAGCAGCUGAGAGCAGAACUGCUGCAGGAACGAGCUGCUCGACAGGAUCUGGAGUGUGACCGAAUCCGUCUGGAGCGGCAGAAUAAGGACCUGCGGAGCCGCGUCUCACAGCUGGAGGGAUCUCAGCGCUCCGGGACCGACGCCACCAUCUCCAAACUCCAGCUCCAGGUCCACGAGCUGGAGGAGAGGCUGCUGGGAGAGGAAAAAGAGAACGGAGAACUGCAGCAGCAGAACCGCAGACUGGAGCGACACCUGAAGGAGCUGACCCUACACCUGGAGGAGGAGCGGCUCGAGCUGCAGGACCAGAGAGAUCAGCUGGCCCUGCGUCUGAGAACACUGAAGCGUCAGCUGGACGAGGCCGAGGAGGAGAUGGAGAGGCUGGAGAACAGCAAGAAGAAGCUGCAGAGAGACCUGGAGGAGCAGCAGGAGCAGAACGAGCAGCUGCACACCGAGCUCUGUGGACUCAGGCGCAACAACAGACCCACUAAACUACAGAUUACAGCUGAUGAUGAAGAUGAUGAAGAUGAAAAUGAGACUGAAGCAACACUAGAUGCAAAUUAACUGUGUAUUAAUCAUUCACGCGUGUCUCCUGCCACAUGUCUACUAAAAUCAUCGUUUACGCAGGUUAAUUCAUUAAUCACUCACAGUCCUCAUCACUCUGUUUGAUCAGACGUUACUGAAAGAUAAAUAUGGUGAAUAUGUUUUAAUAAAGCAUAUUUUGAUUGAGGUAUCACACUCCCUCUCUCUCCCAUCAGACGGUGCUUUACCAAGGCAGGGUCAAGGGUUAGGGUAGGGUCAUGGUCAAGGUCAGGGUGAGGGUCAUGGUAGGGUCAAGGUCAGGGUGAGGGUCAUGGUAGGGUCAAGAUCACGGUGAGGGUCAUGGUAGGGUCAAUGUCAGGGUGAGGGUCAUGUUAGGGUCAAGGUCAGGGUAAGGAAUAACGUAAAAAGUUUUGGGGUCGGUACGAUGUCACAUGACCCUUCAGAAAUCACUCUAAUAAUAAUCAUAAAUGUUUUGUGAUGCUCAUAUUAAUGUUGAAAACAGUGGUGCUGCUUCAGAUGUGUGUGUGGAAACUGAUACAUUUUGUUCUUCAGGAUUCUUUGAUGAAUGGAAAGUUCAAAAGCACAGCAUUUAUAUGAAAUAUAAUCUUUUGUAACAUUAUACACGUCUUUACUGUACUUUUGUUUCAGUUUAAUGCAUCUGUGAAUAAUA